AAAAUGAAACAGGAAUUAAGUGAUAAACGUGAUUUACGGCCAUUCGUUUAUGGUGGACUAGCAUCUAUUAUUGCGGAAUUUGGCACCUUUCCAAUUGACACAACAAAAACCCGCCUACAAAUCCAAGGUCAGAAACAUGAUAAAACAUUUUCCCAGCUACGUUAUCGUGGCAUGACAGAUGCCAUGAUUAAAAUAAGUCGCGAGGAGGGAUUAAAGGCAUUAUAUUCAGGAAUCUGGCCCGCCGUACUGAGACAAGCAACAUAUGGCACCAUCAAAUUCGGUACCUAUUAUACCCUGAAAAGUUUGGCAA